CGUAGCCGGAGAAGCCUCUUACCAAUCACUAUUUCCUUCGAGUUUCCGACGGACCAAGAAGAUUAAAUAAGUAGACGGUUUUGUGGCUGACGUGUGUAAAGGGAAGUCAUGGGCGGUGAAGAUUUUGCAGAGUCAAAGGUGAAGCCAUCUGUUGUUUUAACUGGAGCUGCAAAGGAAUCUAAUGGACCAUCCAUUGGUAUUCUUGACAUUGGUGCUAGUCAAAAUGCCUUCCUUUUCCGAGUUGCGUUGCCAAGUAUCAGGAUCGAUCAAAGUAAGUUGAAAUGUGAGAUCCAACGCGAUGGAAAGGUUCUUAUACAGGGUAUAAUACCACAAGGCACCGAAGUGCUGCGGGGAUUAUCGAAAAAAUGUGAGAUGAGAAACGAGAUGUUCUGCUCUCCAGGACCAUUCACCAUUUCCUUUACUCUGCCUGGACCAGUUGAUCCACGAUUGUUUUCUCCAACCUUCCGUCCUGAUGGCAUUCUGGAAGUGGUGGUCUUGAGAAUCAGUAGGCCAAUUGAUCCAGUGGAUGCCUGGGCUCCACCUUCUUGAGAUUGUAGCUCCAGCUCCAGCUCCAGCAUCUCAGUGUUAAGUUUAGGAAAAUGGCCUAUCAAAACCAGAGUUAUAUACCAUGUUUAAAGUGCGGGUUUGAAGUUUUUCUGAGUCGUAAAAAACAAUUUUAUGAAUCGACUGGUUAAAAGGUACGGACAUUACCGUUGCCGGUCGCUUUUUACAUUGCUGUUUGUAUUGGUAAGUUAUCUUGAGCUUUUCCCUAGGACAUACUUUGCUCUUUCGUUGCAA